AUGUCGCUGCGUAGCAGAACCAUUACAUCCACUAUAGCACACGAGACGAACAAUAAUGUUCAUUUGAAACACAAAGUCACUCAUUUUGGCAGUUUUUAUCUUCGUGUCGGCGCUAUCUCUUUUGCCAUCGGCACUAUGGUUUACUCGGGUCUAGAGUUCGGCCAGUACUUCGAAUUGAAUGGCAAACCCGGUUGUGCGGAUAUUUUUAUCGCAAUAACACCAAUUUUACGUAUGCUACUCGCCAUCGUACAGAUACAAUUUAUAUUCCUGAACACAACAUACUUGGAUAUGGCACAUCAUAAGGUCACCUGCCGUUUUGGCUUAAUGCAUAUGGUUGCCACAAAUCUAUGCGAGUGGCUGUACGUCUUGGUGGAGGAAACCAAACACGAGAUCUAUCACAUUAGUCAACAUGAUAACGAAAAAACCGAUCCAAUAUUCACUUCCGGCCCACAUGGCGGUAUAGAUUGGAGUGCCGUCAAUGAAUCUCUACAAAUUACACCGCACACCACGAAAAGCGUAAACAUGACCAUCGCAACUACUAUACAAAAUGCGCUUAUCAAUUCUACAGGGCAGGUGACUGUCGGUUGCACGCGUACCAACAUUAUGGGUGCUUUAGUGCAAGAGGUAGCACCAUUCCUAUUUCCUUGCACUAUCGAAUACUCACUCAUUUGCGCUGUGAUACUCUAUGAGAUGUGGAAGACUGUACGCUCCAUUUCAGAUAUAGAUCGAUCGCGUAAGAGCUCUGUNCUGGACAAUCAUUUGUUAAUUGUGGCUCAAACUGGCGUCUACCUUUAUGGCAUGUUCAGCAUAUUGGGCAGUUAUUUCUCCAAAUGGGACGCGGUGACGGAUAGAAUCGAAGGCAUGCUUGCUGAGAUCCUGAGUUUGGCGGAGACUUCGCUGCAGACAAUGUUCAUCCUGCACGCUAGCCAUAGACGUUGCAAGGGCUCUAAACAGGCACGUCGCAAGCCGGGUCGCGAAAUCGUCACCUUCUUACUAGUGGCCAAUAUUGCAAUUUGGUUCAUCAAUACUCUAAUCAAAGGCCGUGCAGUUUUUCGAGAGACAAAUCUGGUGUUCUUUGGCGUUUGGGGUUGGACCAUCAUUACACAUAUAUCCAUGCCACUGGCUAUAUUUUAUCGCUUCCACUCAACAAUAUGUCUUUUCGAAGUGUGGAAAAUCACUUACAAAGCCAAAGCGCAUUGAAAAUGCGAAUUUUUGCAUUACUUUACAAAGACAUUCAUUCGCCAAUACGAACUUCUUAUUGUAAUAUGGUUAAUUUUAAAAUA